UAGGUCUUAUAUCUGGUCGGAAGAUUUAUUGGGAACACCGGAAUCGCGCUCUCGACGGAGAUUGCCGGGGAACAUGCCUAAGUUUUACUGUGACUACUGUGAUACCUACCUUACUCAUGAUUCGCCAUCAGUGAGGAAGACCCACUGCAGUGGCCGAAAACACAAGGAAAAUGUGAAGGACUACUACCAGAAAUGGAUGGAGGAGCAGGCUCAGAGCCUGAUCGAUAAAACGACGGCCGCCUUUCAACAGGGAAAGAUCCCUCCCACACCGUUCCCUGGUGGCCCUCCCCCAGGUGGUCCUCCUCGGCCAGGCAUGCUACCAACGCCCCCCAUGGGAGGUCCGCCUAUGAUGCCCAUGAUGGGGCCUCCACCUCAUGGAAUGAUGCCCGGUGGACCCGGAGGCAUGAGGCCGCCGAUGGGAGGACCCAUGCAGAUGAUGCCGGGACCGCCACACAUGAUGCGUCACCCUCGACCGAUGAUGAUGCCGGUCCGGCCGGGCAUGAUGCGACCAGACAGAUAAGACUGGCUGGAUUUUCUCCGCUCUUUGUUGCCACAAACAGACACUGUCUAGUGAGAACACUUGGCUAAACACUUGGAUUUUUUUUUUUUUUUUUCAUUGCGCCUUUUUAAAAAAAAAUUUCAAACGUCCAACUUCUUCAACCUCAAACCUGAACUCCCAGAUGUAAUUAUGUCUACUUUGUCUAAUUACUUUAUUUUCUUGUGCCGGUAUUUAUUCCUAUACGAAUUGAUUUUACAUCCCUGUUAAAUUUUAAUUAAACUUCGUCUUGUGUUAGUAUCAAGUUUGAAACAUCUCGUCUCACUUUGACAAAACUGUUCAGCGCACACGGUUAAAGAGCGUGUUUGAUAUGA